AAUCGGGCAUCACCAACCACAUCUUUGCCUGUGUGCGGGGCCCCAUCUGGGACCCGCAGCUCUCUCACCUGCACUGUGCCAAGUUUGAGAUGCCCGGUGAGGAGCCCAUGCAGGUGGAGGUCCGUGGCGCCCCCCAGGCGGCUGGGACGGCCACGACAGCUGCGGCAGGCAGCCCUACUCCGGCUGCAGCUGGGGUCGCCGACCUGGGUGGCAACACCUUGGGUGGGGUGCGGCCCGCGGCUGCCAUGGCGACCGCAGCGGACAUCGUUGACCACGUGGGGGACGUGCAGAUGCAGGAGGCAGCGGGUUUGGGUGACGCGGCGGCUGCAGCUGGUGGCGCCAGCGGGCCAUACAGCGGGGCCCCGCCCCCGGUGCCAGUUCUGGUGGCGGGGGGAAGCAACCGUGCUGCUGCGGCUGCCCUGCGGGCCGCGCUGCAGCAGCAGCCCUCUUCACAGCAGCGGGUGGCAGCGGGAGGGCUUAGCGGGGUCCAGCCGGUGGCAGUUGACCACGUGGGGGACGUGCAGAUGCAGGAGGCGGCGGGUGUGGGUGACGCAGCGGCUGCCGCUGGUGGCGCCAGCGGACCACCCGCCGUGGCCUCGCCCUCGCUGCCAGUUCUGGUGGCGGGGGGAAGCAACCGUGCUGCUGCGGCUGCCCUGCGGGCCGCGCUGCAGCAGCAGCCCUCUUCACAGCAGCGGGUGGCAGCGGGAGGGCUUAGCGGGGUCCAGCCGGUGGCAGUUGACCACGUGGGGGACGUGCAGAUGCAGGAGGCGGCGGGUGUGGGUGACGCAGCGGCUGCCGCUGGUGGCGCCAGCGGACCACCCGCCGUGGCCUCGCCCUCGCUGCCAGCUCUGGUGGCGGGGGGAAGCACCCGUGCUGCUGCGGCUCCCCUGAGGGCCGAGCGGCAGCAGCAGCCCUCUUCACAGCAGCGGGUGGCAGCGGGAGGGCUUAGCGGGGGGCAGCCGUCGGCAGGCGUGGGGGGGCCGCCGGCGGCCAGGCCUCGCCCUGCCGAUGCUGGGCCGGCUGGCGCGCAGCAGCAGCCCAGUGGGGCUCCCGCGCCACAGCCGCCCUUUGAUCAGCGGGCAGCCGCCAGGCAGGAUCAGCAGCUGGCAGCUGCGAUGCAGCGGUACUUGGCCGAGCUGGCGGACCUCCAUCUCCAGCAGCAACGGCGGGUACAGCAACAGCAGCAGCAGGAGCAGCAGCGCCAGCUUCUCACCGCGCAGCUCAAGGCGGCUAAGCUGGAGCACUUUGUGGCCAUCUGGACGGCGGGUGGCGCGCUUUGUGAAGUGGAGGAGGUUCAGGGUGGGUCACCGAAGUUGAACUUGCGGCUGACGCUUGCAUCACCUGUGCAGGCCCCCUAGGUUUCCCUUUGGGCGGCGUUUCUUUCCAGGCGCUGGCGUGGCGUAUUAUCGUCAUCAGCUUAUCUGGCGCCCAUGUGUUUUAGCUCUGGGUGGCGUCGCAGCGCCUGGGCGGCUGUGAGCCUUCCUGCACAGCGCGUCUUGCAGCGGGCUGGAGCCCGAUUAGUCAGCGCCACAUCUGGCCCGUUUAGUUUCUGCUUGUGCCUCCUCUGCCGGUUCCCCUGGGGUGUUGCUUAAGCAACCGACUUGUGGGGGUGGGGUGGGUUACGGCGGGUCGAGUGAUGGUAGCACUGGUGUUUUCCUUUCUGGCGGUGGUGGUGGUUCUUGCGGUUGGGCUGUGGUGUAGGUUGGUGCUUGGGUUAGGUCUGGCGGUGUUUUUGUGCAACCCCUCCCGGGGGGCGGGGGGGCCAGCCUCCUGCUCUGUCUGCCGGGUCGGGGUGGGGUGGGGUGGGAUGGGUGGGGGUGGUUGUUGGCGCUUUCGAGGUGUUGGCUUUCUGCUUUCUUCUCUUUUCUUCUCUUCUUGCCCUGUCAGGGUUCUGGUCUCGGGGACCAGGCUGUCUUCAGGCAGCAGGGGGGCAGCGCGUCUGCCCCUGUUCAACCUUGUAAGGAUGAUUCCUC